AGCUAGCUCAGCAGCAGCUUAGGCUCAGUAUCUCUCUCACACCGCUUGUGAAAGCAACUCUGGGAUUAUAAAGGAAACUCAAAAUGGGGAGCAGCAUGUCUUGCAUUUCCCAUCCAAACUGCAGGUUAAAAUAUUCAAACAAGGGCUUCAUGCGAAAGAAAAGUAAUGGACUGUUUCGUAAGAAAUAUCCCCAGGAAGGACAAGUGAAAUCAAACAGUAUUGUCAACAUACUGUGCUAUAUUUCGCCUAAAAAGGACAUGUCUACUAAAGACCUGCAAAAAAUAGAAAGCAUUAACUGGGACCAGAAGCUUGCAUAUGAUCCGAACAACGGGUGGAAGAAGAGCAGCACAAGCGUGAAGAACUUUGGGAAAAUGAUCUUCAGCUCCCCAGUCAAGUUCCGAUUCCUGCACUGUCAGGACAUACAUGACUGCUAUUUGGACUUAUUCCAGACACACCUUCAUUUUCUAUCAAACAGCUCCACUGGCUUAACCUAUCAGAGAACAUUACCCCUGAAGGAGAUCAACGUGUGCAGAAGUGAGAGAGAUGAUGAACAUGCCUUUCAAAUAGCAGACUCGUGCUUAAACUCCACUGUAGUCUACUGCUCCAGCGAAGAAGAGCUCCAGACAUGGCUCGCACAACUUAAGAAGCAGGUUGAGCUGAAUGGAGGGAGUUUUACUUCAGCAGAUACAAAAACCUACGCUAGGCUUAAGAAUGUGAAAGAGCAUGGUAAAGAGAAAGAGGAAUUGAGGAAGUCUGUGGAAAAUGAGAUGAUCUUCGAAUGGGAAGGAUCGCAGAGAGAAUCUUUAGGCCAAAUCACCUUUGUGACAAAGACCAAGAUGCAGCAUUUACCAUGCCAGGAUCAGUACGAUCGACUCCUGGUCCUGUACCCUGCAACUCUCAUUAUCCUAUCUGACGAAGACGACGGACUUUUCUACAAGGGUAAACUUCCUCUCAAUGCGAUAACAGUAUCAACAGGCAGCAAUGACGACAACCCUAACACAUUCAGGAUUGAAGGCAAACUAAUUAACCCUAUAAUUGUAACGUGCUUGGAUCAGUGCGAUUACCAGGAAUGGCUACGACAUCUCCGCGCUUUACAGGUUGCAGUUGAAGGGCCUCCAGCAAAUGUUUAUGACGUCAUCUACACACCCACUGAAAAAGAGCCCCCUAGAGACAGCAGAGCCUCAAUUCAGUCCGAGCGGGGGAGUAAUACCCGAGUUCAGGCUCAGAAAAGCCAUAGCCGGUCUAAGCAACCGCCACCCAGAGACUCUGGAGCAGGCAGGAGCGCGUUCGAUUUCCCCAUUGAAGACCACGAGGACCAGCUUAUGUCACCCGAAUAUGCAAAACCUUUCUGCCACAUUUCAAGUUGCCCCGCCUCCAUCAACAUGCAGCAAACAUGCAGAUUAAGUGGAAGAAGCAGCACCCGGUCAUCAAAUGUACAAUCUAUAAUGGAGAUCCACCCGCCCCCUACAAGGUUCUCUGUUCCAGACAGAGACUCCUAUGCCUCCAUUGAAGACCCCCUGUCUCCUGUCUAUAACAUGCCGUACAGCUCUCUGCCACUGGAGUGUCCUGCAGAUGAUGUGAGCAAGCUACCACUUAUAAAGUCUAAUAGCUGGAGCACACCUCAGUCAUCCAUCCAAAACCAUCAGUGUUCUGUCCUACAUAGAUAUUCUGAUAUGUGUGCUCCAAGAAAGCCACUGACCCCUCUAUAUGAUGAUCCGUAUACACCAAACGACUGUCUUGACAAAGGCACCAGCCUGGAAGCUGAAUGUUCAGACAACCACAAGCACCCUGCACUCGACAGACUGGACAGCGAUUACGCAUUACCUAGGUCCUUCAAACUGUCCACCCCUCCCUUAGGAAAUAGGAAAAGGAACCCACCCUUAAUAAAACAAGAAGCACGAACUGAACUGUUAUCGAGACAGGACUGCACCAGAGACCAUUCGACGGUGAAACUCCUGCCUGCACCUCCAGCACUGCAUGGCUGUAACACAGAAAAAAGCUACUUGUUGGAAAAAGCUCAGAUUUCUACGACUCAUUUAAAAGGGAACACUAACCUGGAUCCCAAGGAACAUGAUGAUCUAGAUUAUGACAACAUUUGGGACUCUGACUCUCACAGGAGAAAAUGAUUCAUCCACCCCUCCUGGAAGCUCAUCAAUCUGUGCAUGGAAGACGUCAGCACAAAGUCAACACAAAAGAGAUGAUCGCGAUACCAUGUAUCAGACAUAUACAAAGAAACAAGUAAAAAACUUUAAUAAGUAACCGCUUCACCCAUUCCUGAAGAUCGUGAAACAGGAGCCAAGAGCAAUGUCAUUAUCAAUCAGCAGAGUUUCCAGCAGCUGCUGUGCAGCCCACACCCUUUUCAUGGUAUGAAUUAGUUAGCGCUGGAUAGGGCUCGGGGGACUCAAUGGAGGUGUCUGGAAUAGACGUUUCCAGAGGUACAGGAGUAAAAGCGACAGACUCACAAGGCCCUUGUAAGUGCAUGGUGUUCAGCAGGAGCCAGUUGAUAACACAUCGAGAUGGGCCAGAGAAAUGAUUGCAUUGGAUAGCCAAGUUUAUAAGGAGUAUAAACACCUCUGAGCCGAAUUCACCCAACUGGUGAUAAAGUAGCAAUGAGGUUUUCAGCUGUGUUGUUAAGAAUGUGAAGUAUUAAUUCAAACUAGAAUAAUGAGGAACAUGUUAUUUAUAUAUGUAU